CCAACCUAGUUUCCAAAUCCCAGACAAUCAGCUAGUACUACGAUCCAAGCAUCGCCGAAAAUGGUUUUCCACAACCCACCCAUGGCUACCCCGGAGUACUGCACUGCAGACUUCUCACUUAUCCCUAUUGGUUCAAAAGACGUAUCCUUCUCCAAACAAGUCGCCGAUAUCCAGCGUCUGAUCCAGAACACCGGCCUCAAGUCCCAGAUGCACGCCACUGGCACCACCGUGGAAGGAACAUGGGACCAGGUUGCGCAGACCAUCGGAUGCGCUCAUACCUUGGUGCACAACGAAGGGGUGGGCAGGAUCCAAACGGAUAUCCGCAUUGCUACGAGCGAGACGCAGUCAUUGACGGCAAGCGUAACGGACUAUCCGAUGGAACAUGGAAGACGGUACCACAAAUAUCAUGAAGGCUCAUACUUGUACCCGAACGAUGAGCAGGAACUGGAUCGCAUGGAUAUGCAACACCACAUGAUCAAGCUAGUCAACCACGGGCGCUUGUUCCUUGCUCCUGUCCGACGCCCUAAACGGAUCCUCGACAUUGGGACCGGGUCUGGGAUAUGGCCUAUCGAGAUGGCGUCCGAAUUUCCAGAGGCCGAGAUCACAGGAACCGACCUUUCCCCUGUUCAACCGAUUGAAGUUCCUGAGAAUGUCCACUUCCUCGUCGAUGAUGCCACGGAGGAGGACUGGCUGUGGGACCCGAAUCACUUCGACUUCAUCCACAUGGGGCAUCUGAUCGGGUCUCUACCGUCGUACAAGGACCUGUUGAAGAAAGUACACAAGCACCUCAAGCCGGGUGGGUACGUGGAAUGCCACGAGUUCGACUCCAGACCGAAGUGCGACGACGGUACCAUGCCUCCUGAAGACCCCGACAAGUUCAGCGAUUACGCCCUCCAAGAUCUAAUGGAUCUGCACCAACGCUCCGGCCAAGUCUCAGAUCCGCCCCGACAGUUCCGAGUGGCCCAUCGUCUCGCGCGCUGGAUGAGAGAAAUCGGCUUCGAAGACGUGCAGGAACAUCGCUCGAUGGUGCCCGUGAAUCCCUGGUCCUCUGAUCCGCAUCUACGGAAGAUCGGUGCCUGGAGCGAGACAAACCUGUUGGAGGCUGUCGCGGGAUGGUCCUACAAGCCCCUCGGCCUGCUCGGGUGGUCGAAGCCAGAGAUUGAGGUCUUCCUCGUCGAUGUUCGGAAGAGCAUUCAAAAUCGCAACGUCCAUGCCUACUUCGAAUUCUAUACCGUGACAGGCCGGAAACCACUCACUGGAUGAGCCGUUUUGUCUGCUUCUUUCGACUCGCCUUUAUGAGCUUGUACUUGCUCGCACAAGUAAUUUCUCGUCACAUAUUUCUUUUCUUUCUUUGCUUUUUUUUUCAGUUGCUUGUAUUGGCUAGCGUUGGGCUAGUGUUGGCAUAAGAUACCAUCUGGGCAGGGUGUCCGGUGCAUUGGGAGGCGUGUUUGGUCGAUCACUUCUUGAACAGAUGCAGACAUCUGGUUGUCAUGCAUUCAUCUACAAAAAGGGCAUUGCUCAGUGUC